CAGAAGGAUCGCAGGGAUGUAACGCUAUUGGGGCGGCAGAUCACUUACUUCUGACGUUCCAAAGCCUCGGGGAGUUGGCGCAAGAUCGCUUGCCUUUGAUAAGGUCCUUGCGACUUGGUAGUAACUUUUUGUUUCGAUUAAAGUUCCUAAGAGCGAAUUAAACGCUAAGUUAAAAUCCGCUUCACGAUAUUCUUACGUUUAGUAGGACCUUUUGUGUAGAAUGGGUGCGUUUUCGCUGUCGUUCUGAGGCGUGUACUUUUUUUCCCCUCUCUCUUUCCAACAGGCGCAUUUCUUUCUAUGUACCUUUCGGGACCAGGCUGUCGGCUUCUUACUUUGAUGUCCGCACUUAAACCCUGAGCCCAGUACAUAUUGGAAUAGCCUACAGGAGAUGUGCUGUGCGGCAUGGCUGCGUGAAACACUUGAGGAAAAACGCGGGGGGAACCGCUUUUACAUUUCCUUUCUGCGACUAUAACAAAAGAAGCAGGUCGGGAAACGAGAGGAGCGCCGCUGUGUGUGGAUGAUACUGUGGACUAUUUUUUUGACUCGUGGAAAAACGCUGGAGUUUUUUGGGGGUACAGAACUCAUGGGUCGAUGGUAAGUUCCAUGUUCUCCUCGCUUUGGCCCCACAGGGCCGCUUUUGAUGUGCUCUCCAUUCGCUUUGAAGUAACGUGGCUGUGUCCAAUCGAGUCCCUUUUUUAUAUAUAUAUAUAUUUUUUUUUUGCUUUAUAAAAAGCCGAAAGACGCAUUUCUCCGUCCUAGACGUUGUGUUCAGUUGUUUUAAGGCACUUUAGCGAGUGUUGGCUGGAAUACUCUUUUGACUGCUUUUGCAGAGUGUUCAUUAUCCCGGUGAAAAGAAGUUUGUGUGGAAUUCCGCCCCCCUGAGAUAGAUGCUAGACUUUUCCUCUGGACUUUAUGGCGGGGCUUUGAAGUCGAAUGAAGCGUUUUAUUUAUGAAGUCGUUGACUUCAUUAUUGUUAUUGUUUUUACUCGCGAAAACGCUGCGGCUUCGUUAUUAAUGUCCGAAUUGCACAUAAAGCCAGGGGGAAGAAGAAGAAGGAAAACCCCAGUUAACACUGCACGCUAACUGUACUCGGUCUGUGUGGUGGAGCGCGUGCUCGUGUAAUUCACUCGGAUUUACUUUAUUCUUGCUAUGUAGCCCGGUUUAACUGUUGUUUCAGUUUGCUCACAUGAAUACGUUUUGUUUCUGUCCUGUGCGUUGUGUUGUUAUUAUGGUGUUUUUUUUUUUUAAACCGUCGCUGUUUGAAACGCAGUGGAUCAGUGUGCGGUGUUGCUCUGUGAGGACUCGAUACGCUGUUACUGAUGGCACGCUGCUCUCUCUCUCUGUGUCUCUGUCUCUUUCUCUCUCUGUCUGUCUCUCUCUGGGGACCGUUCCGUUUCUGGGAGGAAAAAUAACUACGAAGUGUGAUCAUUUACAAAAAGAAAGAAGAAAAGAAGUGAAUAGAGUUUGGUUUCUUCGUUAAUGUAGCAUGCCUUGGAGAUGUGCUUUUAUUUCUGCAGGUAUUAAACAGUGUGUUAUGGAUUAGAUCAAGGCCCGUUGGAGAGCGCGUGGUUUUGUGAGAAAUCCUACUGAUUAAUGCAUGGAGCCUUUAAGCGUGCAGUAGAGGAGGUCAAGGAGUUUGAGUUGGGAUCUGUUUUUGAUUGCAAGUUGCUUGAAUCGUGAGCGAUGUGAUGAUACUUUUCUCUCUCUUACCUUUCUCUCUCUCUCACACACACACACACACACACACACUCCGGAUGUAUAGGCUAAGUUUUGCGUGUUCAGAGAGCGAUUGAGAUUCUGCGCGGUGUUUAUAGUAAUUAGCUGUAAUGUCAGUUCUGGGUUAAUUAGUGACUGAUUAUACCAGAACUAGGAUGAAUAACAAUAAAGUGUCGGUUUCAAAGCGGUGGUAAAGUAAGAAAUGUGAGAAUGACUGUAUGGACUGCUGAGAAGCUUUUCCCCCUCCUGAAAGUGUGAGUGUGUGUGUGUGUGUAAGUGGGUGUGAGCGCGCUCUCGCUUUGAAGUUUGGGGCGGAUCUGCUUUUGAUUAGAUCAAUACUUUGUGUGUGUUUGCAGAGAGAAGCCGGACAGAGGUGCUCUUCCGCUAACUUCAAGCGAGAGUUCGAGGGAGAUCAGGAGCCACAAGCCGUGUAGCCAUGAACGGGGCGCUUUCGGAGCCCGUGGCCACGAGCUUCCGAGAAGAUGCUCCCCGUCCGCCCGUGCCGGGCCAAGAGGGCGAGGCCAAAUGCCGCAAACUGCCGAGCAAAAUGACGGCGCUGAGAGUCAAGGAGACGGCGAAGUCGACGCGCAGGGACGAGGAAGGCCUGGGAGAGCCAGAGGGCAGCGCCUCACCGGACUCGCCGCUCGCGCGCUGGACCAAGUCUCUGCACUCACUGCUAGGCGACCAGGACGGCGCGCGCCUUUUCCGUGCUUUUCUGGAGCGCGAGCGGUGUGCCGAUGCGCUCGACUUUUGGUUUGCGUGUAACGGUUUCCGCCAAAUGGACCUCAAGGACGGCAAGACGCUGCGCGUGGCCAAGGCCAUUUACAAGCGCUACGUGGAAGCCGACGGCGUCGUCGGCAGGCGCCUCAAGCCGGCCACCAAGACUUUUAUUCGGGACAACGUGAAGCGACAGCAGAUCGACUCGGCCAUGUUCGACCAGGCGCAGACUGAGAUCCAGACCAGCAUGGAGGACAACGCGUACCAGACGUUCUUACAGUCCGAUAUAUACCUCGAGUACGUGCGCAGUGGCGGUGAAAACCCCACACACACCAACCCCGGUGCACUCGGGAGUCUAAAACUCGUCUGUGGCUACUUGCCCACUCUAAACGAAGAGGAGGAAUGGAGUUGUAAUGACUUUAAAGCCAAAGCGCUGGCUGUGGUCGGACUCUCGGCUAAAGCGCUGCGGUCUGCUCCUUCUCUGAGGACUGUAGACGUGCUGGAGAAAAACUACAGGUCGUAUAGGCGCUGCGAUCCUGCCAACCCAUACCAUGUGGCCUCUGGUUGCAGCUUCGCCCCCGCCACUAGUGCCAACGACAGCGAGAUCUCCAGCGACGCCAUGACAGAUGACUCCUUGUCAAUGACUGACAGCAGUGUUGAUGGGAUCCCGCCGUACAAACUGGGCAGCAAGAAGCAGCUUCAGAGAGAGAUGCACCGGAACAUGAGAAUGAAUGGACAGGUCUCACUGCCUGCCUUUCCUAGGCCACGGCGGCCACCAAAGGACAUGACCCCGGUGGAGCCAGCAGCAUUCGCCGCUCAGCUCAUUGCCAGACUUGAAAGACUGAAGAGAGAACAAGAGACUAUGAGCUCACUGGAAGAGAGACUGCAGCAGAUCCAGGAGGAAGAAGAGCGUGAGGAGUCGGAUCUCUCUUCUUCCUCACAACGCCGCUCUAGCGAGGAUGACCCGCAGGCCAUCCUAGAUGAGCACCUUUCGCGCGUUCUCAGGACACCUGGUUGUCAGUCGCCCGGAGUGGCACGCCACUCGCCCCGCUCUUGCUCACCUGAACCCCGGCCUAUGACCAGGCCUGUGGGUGGCACUGUGCCUAUGCCUGCCUACCCAUCCGGACGAACGUUUGUCUCCAAGCACGUCCAUCACCACUACAUCCAUCACCAUUCAGUACCCAAGAGCAAGGAACAGAUUGAGGCUGAGGCAGCACGGCGGGUGCAGGGCAUGUGUCCGGCCAUACCCGAUUCCCGUCCAUCGCCAUACGCACGCAGCCGCAGCCUGGGCCCUGAGCAUGGAAACAGCAUUGGCGAGGGGAACCAAGGAUGUUCGAGUGCUUUAUCCAAGCGUCUCUGUAGGUCGGGCGAGGAGGUGAACAGUGAGAGUGCAGAGAGCGCCACCUUACAGCUGCCCACCGACAGCGCUGACCGCUCACAGAACGUCUGGCAGUGGAUCAUGGAGAGCGAUCGCCAGGCCAAGCACAAGCCACACAGCACUCAGAGCACAAGGAAGCUCUAUGGCUCCGAGUCAGCACGCACCCACACUUGGGGCGGUGCAGGCAUUUCCGGGCACCUCCGCACCCAUCAGCCUGCUCAUCCAUUCAUCCAGGACCCAGCCAUGCCCCCUCUACCUCCACCUAACACCCUGGCACAGCUGGAGGAAGCGUGCCGCCGUCUGGAAGAGGUUUCCAAACCCCCCAAACAGAGGCAUUCAGCACCGGGCCUUCAAAGAGAAAAGAGCCAUGCGGUACCUGUUCAGACCGGAGCUGCAUCACUCCAGAGCCAGGCUCUUCAAGCAGAGCACCCAAAAGAGCCAAAGAAGCCUCCUGGCAGCCAUGGGAAUGAAACUGUGGUUACAUACUUCUUCUGUGGUGAGGAGAUCCCCUACCGGCGCAUGAUGAAGACACACAGCCUCACCCUGGGCAACUUCAAAGAGCAGCUCCGCAAGAAAGGCAACUACAGGUACUACUUCAAGAAGGCCAGCGAUGAGUUUGAGUGCGGAGCCGUGUUUGAGGAAGUAUGGGACGACGGCACCGUUCUUCCCAUGUAUGAGGGCAAAAUCCUGGGAAAAGUGGAACGAACAGACUAAAAACAAAACGAAGAAGAAAAAACGUCCUCAUGUGAACAAUCCUCUAACUUGCCACACAAGGCCAACAAGCAAAGAAACGGACUUCUGCACAUAUACCUGUAUUUUCAAAGAUAAAGAAAUUUUAAUAUAUCCACAAAGACUCUUUUUGUUUUGUUUUGGCUCAUCAAGCUAUUGAAGGAAUACUAGCCAAUGAAGUAGACCAACUGGUGGAGGACUCCAGCAAAGCAGCCUGGGAGAUCAGGCACCUUAACUAUCAAUUGGAACAGUCAAGGGACACUAUGAGAAUACCACUGUCUGAAGAUGCGGGUGACUGUAUGUGGUUUUUGAAUUGUUUUUAAAAAGAAUAUAUUUUUGAGGGAUCGCUACAGAGCCGGACUGCUGACCAAGGUUUAGUUGUGUUAAUUGCAGGUGUUUGUGAGUGUGUGUGUGUGUGUGUGUGUGUGUGUGUGUGUGUGUGUGUGUGUGUAAACAGAGGUAUCUGCACGUUAUAUUGUGCUUUUGUAACAAGUAAAAUAAUAUUAAUAUUUAUUAAACUGUCAUUUCCCUCCUGCCCCAUGUCCAGCUUAAUGGACAAGCUGCUUAGUUGAAUUGGGAGAUUUUUUUCCCCAAUGUAACACAUGCAUGGUCAUAAUGCUAGAGUCCCCCCUUAUAAAUAAAUGCUAGGAGUCUCUGAUGAUGCUUUCCAAUGAGGAGAUGACUUCCGUGCUGGGACCACCCAGUUUUCUCAACCCUCUCUGCUGAUUUGAUAUUUGCUCUGCUCAUCAUGCGUCCAGGGCUCCGUCCCAUUUUGCAUCAUAGUGCCUUUGAUUUUUUUUUAACCUAGGAAUUGCACAGGAUCAUACCACCUUAUCAAGGAGCCUUGAGAAUUAUCGUAGAACAACAACAACAAAAAAACAUGCAUCCUAAUAUUAUUACACAGCAGUGCUGAUGUCUUAAUCCCACUGAACAAAAGAACGUGGCCUUUCUUCAUUUCAGUGCCAUUUAAAUAGAAAGAAGCAGGCUGUUGAGACGUUAGGUGUACCCAGUAUGGAAGUUCCCUUCACAGCACCGAGAGUAUAUUGAGAACUACAGAACUCCUGGACAGGGUGUAGUUGUGCAUUGGCAUCAGCAGAGGAGUAUAGACUAAUGUCAGUGUUUUAGACUGCAGUACCUGUGCCUACAUGGAUACCAUGCCGUGUGCUGCCCUGCUUCAGGGUGUGAUAUUCCCUUGCUUUUCUAAAGGGGUUUAUGUUGCAUAGAUUUUUUUUUUUAAUGCUUUGAAUAUCUUGUUAUCUAUUCUGGGUUUUUUUUUUUUGUUAUUGUUGUUGUUGUUGUUUUUUUGUUCCACAUAAAUGUAAAUUAUGCAUUAUAUAGAGCAUCAUUUUAAAGAUGGCUUGGUACUUUAAUUAUUGUAAUUAUGAAGAGAUGUAGCCUUUAUUAAAUGUUUAUAUUUUUCAAAUGACUCCUCUGGUUUGCUAUUUACUUUGCAUGCAGGUGUACGUGUGUGUGUUCUGAGAGAAAGAAUUUAAGACUCCAAUACUCAAGUAAAAGCAUUCUAUUGUGUGCCACCAAUUUUAGUUUCCUUCCUACAUGUAGUACUGUACAUUCAAAAACAAGAAGCGGUCCAAAUCUGAGCCGAUGGCACUGUAGUUCUAGGUCUAGUCAAAACCGACACUAUUCAAAAAUAUUCCACCAAACAGAGAGGCAACUGGUCUGGCCAUAGCCCUGUCUGUAAAAGCCACCGCAUAUAAAAAUACGAUAAAACACCACUGUUUUGUUCAACAUGAGUAAAGCGCUCGCCUUAAUAUUGUGGUUUUGAUAUUAUGUUAAUUAGUUCAUACUGGCUACAUCAAAAUUACAGACAAAAACAUCCAU